CUGUUUGUGAGAUGACAACACGUGCCAGAAAAGUCAAAACAUUUGAAUGCGGCUUUUAUCACAUUGCAUUUAGUUUACAUUUCUGCCUAGCAAUUUCCUUAAAAUUUGUCUCAAGAUCUUAUUAACAACAAAAAAUGACACAGUUUAAAUCUCUAAAUACGAAAAAGUACAUUAAGACCGGGAAGGUUGUCACACCCGACACCCUAUACUGGAAGCAAUUAAGUGUGCCAACCCUAGUAAAAGAAUUUGGUGCCAUUGACUAUGUAGACUUCAGUCCUAUAGAGCCCCAUUACUUUGCUGUGACCUGCUCGGUGCGUGUACAGAUUUACAAUCCUAUCACAAAAUUGGUGGUGAAAAAUUUGUCGCGCUUUCAAGAGACUGCUUACGGAGGCACAUACAGACAAGAUGGAAGUUUGCUGGUAGCUGGCGAUGAGCAAGGUUUGGUGAAACUCUUCGACCCGUCCAGCAAAAACGUGCUGCGUUUAUUUAAAGGGCACAAGGCGCCAGUACAUCGCGCACAAUUUACACAAGAUCUCGUGCAUAUUGCCAGUUUUUCGGACGAUCGUAGCGUGAAAAUAUGGGACAUUGCCACCGAGAAAACUUUACAUACAUUUGCCGAACAUGAGGAUUAUGUGCGUGCAGGUGCCAUAAACCCCAAGUCCACAGAUACACUAAUAUCGGGUGGUUAUGAUGGAAAAAUUAAGAUGUAUGACAUACGUACAAAAGAAGUGUCAUUUAGCAUUGAUCAUGGCAGUCCAGUUGAGUCAUUGCUUUUUCUGCCAACGGGCGGUAUAUUCAUUAGCGCAGGCGGUACCGAAAUGCGUGUUUGGGAUGCCUUUGCUGGUUGCCGGCUUUUAACAAAAGUAUCACAACACCACAAAACAAUAACAAGCUUGCGACUUGGUUCCAAAGGCAAACGUAUAUUGUCUGGCAGCUUGGAUCGUCAUGUAAAGAUUUAUGAUGUUGCAACAUACAAAACUGUACACACACUUGACUUUCCCAAUGCCGUACUAAGUCUUGCUGUGGCGCCGGGUGAUCAAACUGUUGUGGCUGGCAUGGUUGACGGCCUAGUUUCAAUACAGAACAUGGAAAUCCACCGCAAAAAGAGUGGAAAAGGCAAAGGGCCGACUGACCUCAGUCGGCGACGAGUGACUUCGCUGAAAAUAGAUCAUGUGGUAAGUGAUACACGGCUGCCCAAAUUAGAGAAAUAUGAUCAGCUUUUGCGUAAAUAUGAAUACGUAAGAUGCAUGGAUCUUGUGAUGUCCCGGUUUUACGCGCAGUCCAAUCCGGAAAUAACAAUCAGUGUUAUGCAAGAGCUGAUACACCGCAAGGGUUUACAUCGUGCGUUGGCGGGACGCAGCCAUAAAUUUCUUUCGCAACUAAUUUCGUUUAUAUGUCGCUACAUCGGCGAAUAUCGAUUUAUGCGUAUACUGAUUGAUGUUGCAGCGGCGUUACUGGAUAUCUAUGCGGCAACCUUCCAUGAAUUUACGGGUGAAUUGGGAAAAGAUUUCAUAAGACUUGCGGGUGUGUUGCGACGUGAAAUUAACCUGACAUACGAUUUGCUGGAAUUACAAGGCGGUUUAGAACUACUCGAAACUGCUGCCGCAGGAGGGGAAAGCAAUGACGAUUAUCAUCGAUUUGUGAAAGGUGAAAGUGACCAACUAAAACAAUCUGCUCAAGCAAAGGAGUCCUCUAUUUUAACUGUAUAGCAACUGGAUUCGUUCAAAAAGUGAGAGGUGUCUUAUAAUAAUAUAGAUUAAAGCUUCAAUUAUUUUUCUAAUAUUGUACAAAUGUAUUUUAAAUAAAUAGAUAAGUAUUUUAAAUUCA